AAUAGCAGCAGGGGGCAAGGUUUUUGAUUGGCGGGAAAACGGAGGGGAUGAGCUCGUCGGCGGUGGAGGCGGAGGCGGAGGCGGAGGCGGUGGAUCUGGUGUGCCAACUGGACAACGUCCAAGGCAUCGUCGAUGCCCUCACUUCCGUCCGCUGGAAACGCCACCAGGAUGCGGUCUUGGAAUUGUCCGAGCACGGCGUCGUCUUGAUCGUUGAGGAAUCCAGAUGUCUUCAGGCCAAAGUGUAUUUACAGCGCGAGCUUUUCAUUCGAUACGAGUAUGGUGCACGCGGACGGCCUCGUUUUGGGCUGAGUUUGGGGCUAUUCGUUGACUGCCUCAACACAUUUUCUGUCCCUGGACAUUCAAACACAAUUGAAAUACGGUACCCAGGUCCUGAUAUGCAGCUUCUUCUCAAAUCUGUAGAUUCGUUGGGUGGUUGCAUUUAUGCUGAGAUCAGAACAAGGAUUCCAGAAAUGGUUUCAUGGGACUACAACUUUGAGCCUGCAGGAAGUACCCCACUUAGUUUUACUGUUAAGUCAGCAGCUCUCAAAGAAGCUAUUGAUGAUCUUGAAUGGCCAGGAUCGAGCAUCCAGAUAACUUUACAACCAGAUCCCCCUUCUGUUACCUUCAGAGGUGAAGGCCAUGGUGACUUACAGAUAGGCUUCCUGUAUUAUGCAAACACUGAUCUAUUGAUCGCUUUCCACUGCGAUCGCCAAGUCUCCUACAGGUACAAGUACAAGUUCCUUCACGCAACAACUUCAAACAUACCCGGUAGCGUCAUAAAGGAUAACAGAGGUAGCAAAGUGAGUAUUGGGAGAGGCGGGAUGUUAAAGAUCCAGCACCUGGUUUCUGUUGCAAGGGCAGCUAAUGCACACCCACACAUCGACUCUGCUGGCUACCAGCAACCCAGUCGUAUAGCUUACAUCGAGUUCUUUGUGAAGCCAGAGGAAGAUGAAGCCACUGUAAAUGAUGCAUAUGCCUUCAGAGAAUGAUCCGUAGUUGUGUCUCCCUUGCUCCAGGAUGCAAGGAGCAGAAAGGGUAGUAAGUAGUCGCCAAAUUGUUUUCGGGAGAGCUCCAAUUCUGUUUGCCAAGCUCUUCUAUGCUUAACCAAAGAUCAUCAAUAAAUUGUGAAAACACGUUUGUUAGUUAUGUUCGAUUCUCUCUCUCUCUCUCUCU